UUGUCUGUGCGUAUUGAUUUUUGCGGCGGAGGCGUUCUCUCCGGCGACUGUCAGUGCGAAAACACCAGGCAUGGCACCUCUCGCGCAGCAAACCUCGUUUCACUGCUCUUAGCUUCUGCUCUCGGAUAGAUUUUGAGUUCGAGUGCGCACGUGAGGAGAGCGAGGGCGGUGCACCUUCGCCGUGGAGAGGGUCUCCACCUGUGUACCCUGGAAGAGGUAUUAAAAAGGAAAUUUUCCUUUUCUGCCCUGACCCGACGCGAGGAAGCGACACUCGCCAGUCGAAACUCGUCUUCGCAACAACUCUCCGCGAAAUUAUGAUGACCCUGUGAUAUUCACGUCUAGUGCGCACAUUUCUUCAUUAGGAAUUCCCAUCUCAUAUACUCUUGUAGCUGUUUGAACUAUUUCUAAGAUUACAAAAUGAAUUUCCUCAUCGAUACGUUCAACCGCUUCUCCGACUUCUAUGUGUGGACAAAUAAAAUAUCUGACUCCCGAACCCGCGGGUGGCUUUUGGUGGACACGCCGUGGCCGACGCUGAUGUACACGGCCGUGUACUUGGCCAUCGUUUGGCUCGGCCCAAAGCUGAUGCGCGACCGCAAACCUUUUGCACUCACUUGGGCUCUCAUCCCCUACAAUUUCGCCAUGGCCGGACUCAACGCCUUCAUCGCCUUUGAGCUGUUCAUCGCCUCUACCAGGCUUAGUUAUAGCUACGUGUGUCAGCCAGUGGGCAAGAGUGCGAGUAUCGACGAAAUGAGAAUAACGCGGGCUGUGUGGUGGUACUACUUUUCAAAACUGAUCGAGUUUUGCGACACGUUCUUCUUUAUUUUGAGAAAGAAAAAUAACCAGCUCACAUUUCUGCACGUUUAUCACCAUUCGACCAUGUUUUCGCUCUGGUGGAUCGGAGUCAAGUGGGUGCCUAGUGGAUCGACGUUCCUGCCUGCCAUGGUGAACAGCUGCAUCCACGUGGUGAUGUACACAUACUACGCUCUGGCCGCCAUGGGCCCUAGGAUAGCCAAAUAUCUGUGGUGGAAAAAGUACCUGACCAUCAUGCAACUGAUUCAAUUCACGACCGCCCUUGUCAUGGGGAUCAACGGCAUUAGGACGGGCUGCGACUUCCCACUGUGGAUGCAGUACGCGCUCGUCAUCUACAUGAUGUCUUUCAUCGUCCUCUUUGGCAACUUCUACGUCCAGGCUUACAUUGACAGGCACUUGAACCAGGGCAAGAAGAAGGCCGCGGUGCAAAACGGCUGCGCCAAGAAAAAUGGACUGGUGAACGGCGGAUUGCACCACUCGGUGGCGAAAAAGCACCUCUGAGCACAAGUGGAGAGGCAAAUAAUUUAUCCAUCUGCAGCGGCGUGCAAAAGUUAAGUGGAUGGACAGUCAAUUCCAAACACUCUCUUUCUCUCAUGUAAAAAGUGAUUUGAUUAUUUUGAAUUGCGCCACUUCGAGAUAUUGUCAUUUACAAAAGUGUUAUGUUGUCGAAAACGUUAUCAAUUAAAUCAUAAUGGUAUAAUAAAAAGUACACUGUUUGAAGA